CAGCUGCUGUCAGCUAGAGAUAUUUUUUGUGCAAUCUGACCCAUCAGCCUACAUGGACAGUUCUGGGUCUCACCAGCACGGUGAGGCGGCGUCACAAAUCCAUGCCCCCCUUUUUUUUAAGCCACCCCAACACCAGCACAGCUUGCAACCCACCCGCUUCUCACAGAUUCACAUGGCGCCUGCAGAUCUGCUGGGUGGGGCAGGAACUGGGGACUGUUUACAAGUGAAACUCGCUGUAGCUUUACACCUCAAUAAAUAAUGGACCGGAAACUGAAUCUGGACCGAGCUGAGACAUUCUCCUUUGUCAACCCGUGGAUCAGAUACUUUCUCUUCUUCUUCAGCUUCUUAUUUUGGGUUUUCUCCCUGUUGAUUGUUGCAAUUGGUGUGUAUGCUAAAGUCCAGAAGGCCACAGACACGGUGAGGGACACGUUCCUGAUCGACCCGGCUGUCAUCUUAAUCGUGGUGGGGGUGGUCAUGUUCUUCAUCACUUUCUGUGGCUGUAUCGGAGCUCUCAGAGAGAACAUUCGCCUCCUCAAGACAUUCUCCUUCAGCCUCACACUGGUCUUCCUCACCCAGCUGGCCAUAGCGAUUCUGGGCUUCUUUUACUCCGAUCAGGCACGGGAUGCUUUGGGAAAGUUUGUAAAGAAAGCAAUUGUGCACUACAGGGAUGACCUGGAUCUGCAGAACCUGAUGGAUUACAUUCAAAAAGAGGUGCUCUCAUUGGCCAUUUCCACUGAGCCGGAGUGGCUCCUUUUGUCUGUAGAAGUCUUCAAACUGAUCACAGAUAGUUUAUUGGAUGCAUCUGAGACUAAAGCAAGAAACCGCAGUUUGUUUUGUUUUUUUUGCCUUAGCGAGGGUUUCCACAGGAGGCUACAUGCAACUUACAGUUCCUGUUCUCUGUGGGUCACCUCAUGUGAAACUGCUCUUCCAUCUGCACAUGCUGGCACAUUUAUGAGUUUGGGUUUUCCCACGGGAGAAGCCCUGACUGGCAGGAUGCCCAGUACAGACCAACACUAUGUUUCUAAAUAUACACCCGAUUUCACUUUUCACUCUUCAUUUUUCUUUUUCCCCCCAGUUCAAGUGUUGUGGAUGGAACAACUACACUGAUUGGUCUUGGAACCUCUACUUUAAUUGUACACAUGACAACCCCAGCUCUGAGCGCUGUGGUGUG